CGUACGAGAAUCUGUAAUUUUGUCUUUUCUUUUCUAUGGGAUAUGAAUGAAACUGCCUCCUUCUUCACUUCUUCACUUCUUCUCCUUCAUUUCUCCUCUUCUCUUCUUUAUUCGCUUCCUAAUCUUCUUCAAUACCUAAUUCUAACUUCUCAAAUCUCAAUUCAACCCUUAAUCACCCUGCGCAAGUGUUGCUUCCACCGUGGCUCUGCCAUUUUCGACCAUAUCUCCAAUCCAGUGUUCAUGUUCCCCGGUUCCCCCGUAGAUUUUUCAAUCACCUGAAAGGAAUUGGUAGUCGUUGAACAAAAUCAUUAAAGGGAUCGAGAUUAGCAACACUAUAAGGUAUAAUCCAAUAUGUCAGAAAGUGAGAUACAAAAUGCACAUUUACCCAAUGAGAUUAUAAAGGAAAUCCUUUCUCGACUCCCUGUGAAAUCCUUAUUACAAUUCAGAUGCGUAUCAAAACAUUGGAAAUUUGAAAUCGCAAAUACCGAUAUUAUCAAAUCACACCUUAAACACGCAUUAUCUUCAUCAACCCAACACCGAAUCCUCAUUCCAUCUUCCCCUCUUCUAUCGUUAAGCUAUAACCCAUCACCAAACAACAUCUAUGAAUCAACAGAAAUUCAUUGUCCAUUUUUGAACCCAAGAACUCACACCAAGAUUAUGGGUUCAUGCAAUGGUUUGGUAUGUUUAAUGGAUGACACAAGAGACAUGAUAAUCUACAACCCAUCAACCAGAAGACAUUUCAAGCCCUUUCAAUUAGCUCAACAAGCUCUUUAUUUCUCAAACCGGGUUGAAUUUGUAUACGGAUUCGGGUGUGGGUCUGGGUCGAACCCGAAUGACAUGAGAAUGAUUAGAUUUCCUCGAUUUGCACGUGACUUUAAAUACAAUAAAUUUAUGGAACACGAUAAAAUUACUACUUCUAGUUCUUCCUAUGAUUUUAUUGAUACAGUUGGGACUUUUUUAAAUGGUGUUCUUCAUUGGUUAGCGCAUCGAAGUGGCAAUAAUGAUGAUCAUAGAUUAAUAGCUUCAUUCAAUGUAUCUGAAGAGACAUUUUUGGACAUUUGUUUGCCAAAUCAAGAUUCAAGACUUCCGUGUUAUGUUUUGGGUGUUUUACAUGGAUGUCUUUCUGCGCUUUGUAAUGCUAUUUGUUAUACAGAAGUUGAGGUAUGGUUGAUGGAGGAAUAUGGGGUGGUUGACUCUUGGAAAAUAUUCGUUAAAAUUCCACUUUAUACUGGGAUUGAGAACAUUUCGUAUAUGAGGCAUUUGAGGUCCUUAAAUGAUGAUGAAAUUCUUCUUGAGAUUAAUUUGCAAUCGUUUGUGAUUUAUGAUGCUAAGAAGAAGAUGUUUAGGCAUGUCACGAGUGCUAAAGAAUUGAUUUUGUUUGGAGAUGCUGUGGUUUAUGUGGAGACUUUGCUUUCACCUGAAGUCUUGUGUGUGAUGCAUUAGUUUUUAAAGAAUAUAAUAAUGUUUCAUAUAGGGUGCUAUUAAAUUUUUAUCCAUCUUUUUUUAUGGGUCUUGAUAUUUAUAUGAAACCCACUUUCUAUUUUUUUAUUAUAGAAUCGUAGUUUCAUAUAUACUCCAUUGUAUUUCCAUAUGUGUUGUAUUUUGAAAAAUCUAUG